AUGACGACUAAGAAGCUGCUCAUUGAAACACUGAACCAGUUGAGUCCAGAGGACUUUGCUGAGUUCAAGUCACACAUUGCAGUAGAGAAAGAUCUCCAACUGAUGUCACAGAGCCGACUGAAAACAGCAAACACACAGGAUGUAGUGGAGCUGAUGGAGGAGACGUACAGGGGAGAGUGUGUGGAGGAGACCAGAAAGGCUUUAAUGAAGAUGAACAGGACUGAUCUGGUGCAGAGAUUAUCAGACAAACAGUUUCCUCCACUGAGCCAGAGAGUAGAAACGAUGGAGUCUCUUAUUGAGCUGCUUUUGGAGACACUGGCUGAUCUGAGUGACAGCGAGGUCAAAGACUUCAUCAAGAUCCUGAGAAGAAAACGUGGCUUAAUGAUCCCAACGAGUCUGUCAGACCUGCAGGACGUGCAGGACGUGGUGUUUUUGAUGGUGAGGACUUUUGGCCAACAGUCAGUGAAGAAGAUCAUGAAGAUUUUACAGGAGAUGAAGAGGACUGAUCUGGCUCAGAGGCUGACAGACAGCAGCUCAGAAGCUCAAAACAAACAUCUGGAUGAACAUCUGUCUGCACUGAUCCAUAAAGUGAGUAACGUCUCAUCUGUCUGA